UGAGCCGAAAUCAAAAGUUGGAAACUUAACCAACUCAGUCACCCAGGCUCCCAAAUGGUGGUUUGUAUCUUGUUUUAGAUGUCUGAGUUUGAGAUGUCUAUGAGAUAUCCAAGUGGAGAUGUGAGAAAGCUCAAAUCUGGUGCCCAGAGUGGUGUCCUGGGCCAGAGAUAGAGCUUGUGUUCAAGAUCAAACUACAAUGUACUGAGUAAAUUUGCAGAACAGUCAGCACUUGAAAGUGAGCCAGCCUUGUCCUGGACUGGCCAAUGGCACAUCAAAACAUUCAGUGACUUGCUUUGGAGAGGUGGCAAAUAUGGCAACGACUAUGGAGAUUGUCCUCAAAUAGACCAUCUUUUGAAUUUUCCUCCCCCACUUACAAGCUGGAUGGCCACGGAUAGUUAGAAGUGUUGGCAGUAAGAUUCUAUCGGUUCAAGAAGAAUCAUGGACAACUCUCAGUUUUCUGUCUUGAAUUCCAGGUGAUUUGUAGGACCAGUUCCUGGGGUGAAGGAAAGUGGAAGGAAGCAUGUUUCUCAAAACCUCAGCUUCCUUGAAUGGAUUUUAGUAUGUCUUGCUCACGGGUGAGGACCUGAAAGAAUGUAAAUAAAUGCCUGGCAUAGAACCUGGAACGUGGUAGAUGUUCACUAACGUUUUUCUUGUCUGCUUUGGGCUCGUCUCCACUUCUUGCAUCAACUAUAAGCAUCUCCAACACCCUGCCUAGAUCUGCUUCCAUUUGUAGAGUCAGACAUAAGAUAGGAACAGUGAGGUAGGUGAGGAGCAGGGCGAGUACUAGGGUGAGGUGAACAAGGCCUCACUCACCUUGGGCAUCAAAAAACUAAGUUAAUCAGCAUAAACAUUUCAGUGUCUUAUUUUGACAAGUCAAAAUUGGUGAAAAAAGUCCAUGAUGAAUAAAAUAUCAUAUUUUUAACAAAGAUAGGACAGGUAUUACUGAUUUCUCCUCUUCUCUCUAGCUCUAGGACUCAGUGUGGCACUGUGACAAGGUGAAAGCAAAGAAGAAGAUCUUCCACUCCUGGGUCCCCAAGAGUCUUUCUCAUUUUUUCUAAAGUUGGUGGCUAAGAGCCAGUCAGCCAACCUGUGCCCUCCAAUGAUCGCCAGAUGCUAAAAAAUGUGUUCUAACAGCCUGUGAUACUGGCUACACUUAGGGAUGGGGGUUGAGGCCUCUACUAGCCCAGCCCCCAACCUUCUUCUAUCAGCUGCAAUGUGGGAGCUGGAGCAAGGUUCCCGGGUUCGCCCCACCUCAGUAAACGCAGACCCUUGUGACCCUGAAACUGUUGAGCAAACACACAGUGAAAUAACCCAAUGCUCUAUUAAAGGCUGGGGUUUAAAGGUCGGCUUUGUGCUUAUCUGCUGCAAGCCUCGUUCACUCCCUAGAUGACUCUCAAGGUUGUUUAGUACUUGCAAUAUGGACUGAGAGGAUGAGCAUUUCCUUUCAGAGUGGGUAGCUAUUUGCUUUGCAAGGAGCUGUCAUUGCCAAGAGGGGAAGAGCAGGUCAGGAGCGGACAGAAGACGAACGGAGGCCCCCGGACAAGGAAUGCUUCCUCCUGACUUUGACUUAGAAAGCUCGAGGACGUGGAAGAGUUGACUCAGAAAAGGAAUUUGAAACGGAGUUUCAGACCGCAUUUUAUUAUUUGCACAGAAGAGUUGAAAAGGAAGUUCUGAUGAGAUCUGCGGUUUUCCUCCCAUUGGCCGGCCUGUGUGGGUGCCAAGUUCUGCACGUGAUUUAAUGGAUCAGAAGGAGGUGUCAGUGAAAAAAAAGGUCCAGAAUGAUUACUAACCUAUGACUCCCAACAGUAUGACAGAAAAUGGCCUUCCAGCCUGGGACAAACCAAAGCACUGUCCAGACCGAGAACACGACUGGAAGCUAGUAGGAAUGUCUGAAGCCUGCCUACAUAGGAAGAGCCAUGCGGAGAGGCGCAGCGCAUUGAAAAAUGAACAGACAUCACCACAUCUCAUCCAGGCCACUUGGACUAGCUCAAUAUUCCAUCUGGACCAUGACGAUGUGAAUGAUCAGAGUGUCCCAAGUGCCCAGACCUUCCAAACAGAAGAGAAGAAAUGUAAAGGGUACAUCCCCAGUUACUUAGACAAGGACGAGCUAUGUGUAGUGUGUGGUGACAAAGCCACGGGGUAUCACUACCGCUGCAUCACGUGUGAAGGCUGCAAGGGUUUCUUUAGAAGAACCAUUCAGAAAAAUCUCCAUCCAUCCUAUUCCUGUAAAUAUGAAGGAAAAUGUGUCAUAGACAAAGUUACGCGAAAUCAGUGCCAGGAAUGUCGCUUUAAAAAAUGCAUCUAUGUUGGCAUGGCAACAGAUUUGGUACUGGAUGACAGCAAGAGGCUGGCGAAGAGGAAACUGAUUGAGGAGAACCGGGAGAAGAGACGACGGGAAGAGCUGCAGAAAUCCAUCGGGCACAAGCCAGAGCCCACAGACGAGGAGUGGGAGCUCAUCAAAACUGUCACGGAAGCCCACGUGGCCACCAAUGCCCAAGGCAGCCACUGGAAGCAGAAACGGAAAUUCCUGCCAGAAGAUAUUGGACAAGCACCAAUAGUAAAUGCCCCAGAAGGUGGAAAGGUUGACUUGGAAGCCUUCAGCCAUUUUACAAAAAUCAUCACACCAGCAAUUACCAGAGUGGUGGAUUUUGCCAAAAAGUUGCCUAUGUUUUGUGAGCUGCCAUGUGAAGACCAGAUAAUCCUCCUCAAAGGCUGCUGCAUGGAGAUCAUGUCCCUUCGCGCUGCUGUGCGCUAUGACCCAGAAAGUGAGACUUUAACCUUGAAUGGGGAAAUGGCAGUGACGCGGGGCCAGCUGAAGAAUGGGGGUCUUGGGGUGGUGUCGGAUGCCAUCUUUGACCUGGGCAUGUCACUGUCUUCUUUCAACCUGGAUGACACAGAAGUAGCUCUCCUUCAGGCUGUCCUCCUGAUGUCUUCAGACCGCCCAGGGCUCGCCUGUGUUGAAAGAAUAGAAAAAUACCAAGAUAGUUUCCUGCUGGCCUUUGAACACUAUAUCAAUUACCGAAAACAUCAUGUGACACACUUUUGGCCAAAGCUCCUGAUGAAGGUGACAGACCUGAGGAUGAUUGGAGCCUGCCAUGCCAGCCGCUUCCUGCACAUGAAGGUGGAAUGCCCCACGGAACUCUUUCCCCCAUUGUUCUUGGAAGUGUUCGAGGAUUAGACUGACUGACUUCAUUCUCAUAAUUCCUACAGCACUACUGGGUGUCAUUUCAUUCCAUUGCCUAGCUCUUUUUUGUUUGUUCCUUUGUUUCUUUGUGUUGGGAGAGACUGGGGGUAAAGGGAGGUAGUCCUUAGCAUAGACAUGGAUGAAAUUGCCCCUUGAAUGCGGGUACUUGUAACUAUUGCAUUUUGUUCUCCAGUCCUUUGAUGUGAAUGCUUUGAAGGUUUUCCAGUUGUGGAGGUGGGGUGGGGACAAUCAUUAAUUCACCAGCACCAAGCCAUCACCAGCUCCCAUCUGUCCCUGGUCAGAGACUCAAGCAAGCAAAAUGGCGUGGCAGAAGACUAAUGAAGCCUUAAAACCAAGAUAAUAUGGUCAUCUUGAUCCAGCCCUGAUUUUUGCAGGGCUCAAAUUAGCACGGCACAGACCAACUUUGGUUAGAUGUGGCUUUCAGCUUUCUAGGGAAAGAUCUGAACUUAUUUUUAUCUAUUCAAGAGCACGCUGUUUUCCUCACCCUUCAUUCUCUCCUGGCAGCAUAACCUGGAAUGUAUAGGGAUAUUUGUUCCUGAAAAAUCAGCUGUCCUUUCACUAUAAUUUUUAUAAUCCUAUGAUUUAAUUCAAGUUAUACAAGGGUGUGACUCAAAGAUAUGCAGGUAUUUGACUGACUGAGGCCAACAAGGGAAACGAUUUUCCUCAGUGAGCCCAAAGAAAUUAGAAAACUUUACUUAACUAAUGUCAGUGACUCAACAGUUUCCAAAAAUUCACAUAGUCUUACCUCAUAGUAAGGAAGGCUUCUUUACAGUUUAGGCUCAGAGAAAAUUUCCACAGAAAUCAAACCUAUUUACAGAGUGUUGUCACUUUUCAAUGACAUCUGAUCUGUCAUCUCCCAAACUCCUGAAGUUAUUUAAUCCUGAUUGCAUCUUUGCUGAGCUGACAACAGAUUUCCCUACGGAUUAAAUCUUCUAAUCAAGGAGAGAUAACAAGCUGAAUUUUGAGCCUUGUUCUGGAGGAAUUCUGAGGCAAGAUUAGUGUGGUACAUUCUGAGUUGAAGGAAGUGCAGUGUUCUGAGAGUCUCUUCAUGUACCGAUGGUUCCUUUUGGUCUUAGAUCUUCAAGCUCUUUGCUCUACACACAAAUGUUUCCAAGUCCCCUUUUCCCUCUCUCAGGCUUGACUAUCACUGAUCAAAGCCUGGUCUGGACACCGACCCACUCUGCCUCUCUUACAGCAUUGCCCUGACAGAUAUCUCACAGAAAAUACCUGCAGCCCACAUACACGAACCUCACUCACCUUCCCUACCUAGCCCUCCUCCCUGAUGACAAAUGCUGGAGUAGGUUGUGCCCAGAAAACCCAUGGUGAUCCCUGAUCAUUUCAACUUCAAAAAAUGGGCAAAGAAUGUACCCAGGCAACUGAAUGUAUCUUGUUCUUCACUGGCAUAGUAGACACAAACUAUUCCUUUACCUGCCUUGAACUGCCUUAUCCUGGAAAUAUUGGGGAAAAUAAGCCAUAUCAGUGAGAUUUACCUAAAAAAACAAAGGAAUGCAAGUCACUGUGAAAACCAAGCGGACUAAUUCUUUUUUAACUUGCCCAGAAGUCAGGACACCUGAGUUCUAGUUUGUGCUCUGUCAAACUGGUGGUUUUGUAACCUUGGGUCUUGGUUUUCUCAGCUGAGAGAAAGUCAUGAACUUUAAAAUCCUUCCCAUCCUUACUAGUGUACUGAUUUCUGGGGGGAAAAAUCUAUUCCUUUUUGAUGGUUUCUUUCAUAAUUCAAAUUUUUAGCUUUAUUAGAAAUGAUGGCCCUUUAACAGUUAGGGAAUGCAUAUUUGGUAUUGAGUCAAAAUACAAAUUUGACAUACUACUCAUCAAGUAUGUAGAGAAAAGCAGGAUGGCCUUGGAAAAAGGAGAGGAACAGCACUGAAAAACCUUAGUGUGACUGGGAAUAAUCUGGAAGGAAAAAUAUAUGUUUAAUGUGUGAAAGCUACUGGCUUCCCAGGAAGAGGAAACAAGACAAGCAAAGAAAGGAAGUAGGGGAAGAUAAAGUUUGUCUUUAUCUACAGACUGUUUUGUUUUGUUUUGUUUUGUUUUCUCUAAGCCAGUCUCUAGCCAGUCUCCUGAAGCCCUCCCUGUGUUAGCAAUUCAGCUCCCUCUGUUGACUCUCCUUGGAGAAGUACUCUUUGAAACAAUGCUGAAUCACCUUCUACGCUCCAGGGUAACUCUGAGAAGCUCUGUGGUGAGGGGCAAGUUUUCUCUCAGAAGGGAAUGGGAGGAAGGCAAGUAGGAAGGGUACUGGAGGGUUCACAGACCCCUUGGGCAUCAAGCCCUCUGGGGACAGCUUCCUCAAUUUGUUUGACAGAGAUUCUGAAGUAUAUGAGAUACACCCAGACUCAAAUACAAGUACAGAGCCAGGUCUAAGGCUAAAUCUGAAUGCUUUGGGGAUUAAGCAUGGCUGGGCAUUGGCCAAAUGGGACAGCGUAUCUAUAGUAAUCCAGCUAGCUCCAAGUAAAUUUAUGUUUGAUCCUCAGUUCCUAAAAUGAUUGCCUUAAAAAGGCAAACUACUGAUCUGAAACUCUUGUUGAAGGCUGAAUACUUUAUGUUGAGCAGGACGCUCCUUAAAGUACUUCAGUUUGAAGGGAAAGGCUAUAAGGACUCUAAGGAUCAUGACCCUGGGGUCAAAAUGAUUCAUUUCUUCUGUAACUGGUUGAGGUACUUAGUGCAUCUCAAGACUCCAUCUCAUAAAACUCAAUCAGGAGGGAUUUACUCUGGAUUUUUUUUUUUAAACAUUUUUUCUUAUAUUGUCCGGGCUUUCAAAUCAAGUGGGAACCUGAUUAAACCCCUCACAGAGGGGAGACAUCCCAGUGAAGGAGAACACAUCUGUAUAACUGGGAUUCUUAUUUAUGAAUCAUUUAAUUUCAGGGGGAUGAGUGGUGUGGGGUGUGUGUGUGGGUGGGUGGUCGUGUGUGUGUGUUUGUAAUCCUCAAGUGUACUUUACUCUUCAAUUUAGAUGUGCAGUAUUUCCAGAAAUAGUGAAAAAAAAUAAGAUCUUUUCUUCUUUAUGAUUCUGCUGAACACACUACGUGCUGCCUCAGAGCUUUUUCUAGUCAAAUGAGCCUCGGUCCUCAAUGACGUGCUUGCCGUGUUGAUGCCUCAGCCCAGUGAUACCCCCCUUCACCCGUGCCCUACACAACACCUCUUCCGUUGGCAGUGCGGUCGUCAGUCAUCGGAGUGGACCGCCAGGCUCGGCUCUGCUCCAGCAACGCCAUUCUCAAUUGCUCUUCUGUGGACAGGUGCCUAAGUCUUGGCCCCUCCACCACACUAAGCCCCCAACAGACUCAGCCUCCAUGGAACUGCUGAGCACCCUCAAAGCAUGUCAUUGUCAGUGAUACACUUUUCUUCUAUGGAACUCUAACCUAUUCGUGUCAUAUUGACCUUCUGAUGCAUGAGUCAUAAAUUAUGAAAUCGGUCUUAUGGUUUUUGAAAUGUAGCCAGCGUUUGUAAGGCUAAACCUUUUUCACAAACGGAAUUUAAGUGAAUAACCAAGCCGCAGUUAUUCUCCAGAAGGAGAGUGCUUACAGACAUUUGAAUCUCUUUGCCCUUUCCAACAGCUACGGCAUCAGGUUCUAAAAUAAGCUUGUAAUUUUUCCUGUUAUUUUAAUAAUAUGGAAAUAUUAGCAUAGUGUUUCUUUUGAUAGUGAUAGACUAUAAUCCAUAUUUAAAUUUUAUAGAGAAGAAAUUUUAUUGUACUGUGAUGUAGAUAUUUAUUAUCCAGGUAAGGAUUUGCCCGGUGUGUAUUUUUUACAAUUGAAACAUUUUACUUUAAUCUUUAAAAAAAAAAAAAAAAAAACAUUAAAAACACACACACACACACAAAAAAAAAAAAACCAGACUAGGGGGGAAAAAAGGUUUGGCCUUAUCACAGAAUUUUUACUGUGCUGUAUAAAUGUUUGCAAACGCAAAAAGUGUGCAUUUCUAGUGUGUUUCCACAUUAAUUAAUGCCGCCUUCAAGAGCAAUAUCGUGCAGGUAAAACGCUGUUUGUGGCUUUCUGUUGCACAGUUAAAGCUGACCCACCUUAUGCACAAGACAAUCAAAUAUAAAUCUGUCCUCCUCAGGAUGCAGACAAUACUCAUGUAAAUUACGGAGCACAAUGUAAGACAAAAGACACUUUAUUUAAUUACACAGGUAUUACUGAUAUAAAAGAUGUAAGGGCAUAAAUGAACUGACAUUACUCCUUCAUUUUGGUUCUUCCUAAUUAACUUGGCAUUUUUCAUUUGAUUAUACAGCCAAGUUAUUUCUCUAUGCUUUCUCCAGAGAAAACACAUUUCCUGGCCCCCCCCAUAAUGUUUUCAUGCCCUGAGAAUCAGAAACAUGCUACAGAAUAGGAAAAGAUUUACAGUCAUUGGAAGAUAAUGUGUUUUGCAAACAGUGUUAAGUGAUAUUGCUAGGUUGGUAAUAUUUUUUUCAGCCUAAAACUCUGUUAAAAUCUGUGAUCAAAAUGUUUUAAACUAUCCAAAAAGAAAAUUUGUAUAUUUGGGAAAAAUGAAUUUUUACAUAGCUUUUGUAUGCAGAUAUUAAAUUGUAAUUAUGAAUAUAGUGGGCAUAGAUAAACUCAUAAGCUUCAAUUCUAAAAAAGAAAAAAAGAAAAAGCUUACAACGA